CAUUUCUGACCACUGCUAGAGUUAACUGAUCCAUAAUGGAGAUGGGAAUGGAUAAUCUUCAUAGCACUGGGGUCUACAUUGUAAAGUAUCUCCAGGAAAACUUCAUAAAGUCACAAGACUGGUUUGUUUUUGUCUCUUUUGCUGCUGAUCUUAAAAACACCUUCUUAAUAUUAUUUCCAAUCUGGUUCCACUUAAGCGAGUCGGUGGGUGUCAAGCUUGUCUGGGUGGCUGUUAUAGGGGAUUGGCUCAACCUUGUCUUCAAGUGGAUCCUUUUUGGACAGAGGCCAUACUGGUGGGUACAUGAAACAACCUUCUUCGUUAAUUCCUCUGCUCCUACCAUCCUCCAGUUCCCUGUGACAUGUGAGACUGGGCCAGGAAGCCCCUCAGGACAUGCAAUGGGUUCUUCUGCUGUAUACUAUGUAAUGGCUCAUGCUGUGCUUUCUGCUCUUCUUGAGAACAAGACUACUUUCAGGAGCCGUUUUGAGCGUUGCGCUUUGUGGCUGUUUUUCUGGAGUGUGCAGGUUAACGUCUGUCUGUCUCGCGUAUUUGUGGCAGCGCAUUUCCCGCAUCAAGUUAUUGCUGGUGUAUUUUCAGGCAUGCUGGUUGCUGAAAUAUUCAACCAUGUCCAAUGUAUCUAUAAGACCAGUUUCAAAAGAUACAUAUAUGCUACACUUUUUCUCUUUUUCUUUGCCCUGGGAUUCUUUUUACUCCUAAAGGUUUUUGGAGUAGACCUUUUAUGGACACUGGAGAAGGCCAAGAGAUGGUGUGCUCGGCCAGAGUGGAUCCACAUUGAUACUACUCCAUUUGCUGGCCUCCUUAGAAACUUGGGUGUCUUUUUUGGUCUUGGGCUGGCACUUAACACUCAAAUGUACAGGGACAGCUGUAGAAGAAAGAAGGGUGCACAGUUCACCUUCCGUCUUUGCUGCAUUAUGAUUUCUCUGCUGGUUCUCCAUCUCUUUGACUCAUUGGAACUUCCCGCUGACAAUGAGAUUCUCUUCUACUUUCUGUCCUUCUGCAGGAGUGUUACUGUUUCCCUCGCUGUUGUGGCAGUUGUCCCUUACUGCAUAUCCCAUGCUCUCCAGUGGCAAAAAAAGAAAUUCACAUGAUCUGAAUUCAUAUGGAUGCCUGAUCAACAUUGGUCAUCAGCAAAUAUUAUAGGUAGUUAUUGUUUUUUUGUGAUUGUUACAUAUUUGUGAAAUACUGAUGGAAACAUUCGAUUAGAAUAUUCAAAGAUUUAAAAAAUUCAGGACUAUGUUGGUAUAAUUUGUAUCUCUGCUGCUUUAAUGUGGAGAAAGUGGAAUGGUAAAUAUCUGAGUUGACAGAUUGUGCUACAUUCAGAACAAAACAUUUAGGGGCCAACAAAAAAUGGCCUCUAAAAUAUGGGAGAAAAAAAUAAAAUAAUAAAUAAAAAAA